AGCUCCCAAGUUGUGCAACACCUUCAGUAAACACUUGCUGAAGCGUACACAAUGAAGCAGGGAGUUUCAUUCUGUCUCCCUUAAGAGGAGGCUGGGGCAGAAGCAACCUCACAGGUGUGAGUGGAGACAGUCACUGCUCCUGGGACUGCAGAAUGCAGCAAUGGAGUCUUCUGGUAGUCUCUUUCCUUCUUUCUCCAGCUCCAGUAAGUGCAAUCAAAGAACUCCCUAAAGCCAAGAAAUAUGAAGUGGUUUAUCCCGUAAGACUUCAUCCAUUGCGUAAAAGAGAGACCCAAGAGCCAGAGCCAAAGGAAACAUUUGAAACUGAACUAAGGUACAAAAUGACAGUAAAUGGAAAGGUUGCUGUGCUGUAUCUGAAGAAGAACAACAAGCUCCUUGCACCUGACUACUCGGAAACAUACUAUAAUUCCAGUGGAAGCAAGGUCACCACGAGCCCGCAAAUCAUGGAUAGCUGUUAUUACCAAGGACACAUCGUAAAUGAGAACGUUUCCGCAGCCAGCAUCAGCACGUGUCAAGGGCUACGGGGUUACAUCAGUCAUGGCAAUGAAAAGUAUUUUAUCGAACCUUUGAGCUCGGAGAACUUGGAUGAACAGGCACAUGCACUCUUCAAGGACGACUCCAAUGAAGACCAGGAGAAGAGCAACUGUGGUGUGGAUGAUGCGCUAUGGCUCCAAGGGCUGCAUCAAGAAGUGGUCCUCCCUGCCACCAGGUUGAUUAAGUUGAAUGAUGGGAUGGUUCAAGAACCUAAGAAAUACAUAGAAUAUUAUGUGGUCCUGGAUAACGGUGAGUUUAAGAAAUACAAUAAAAAUCUUGCUGAGAUACGAAAGAGAGUUCUUGAGAUGGCCAAUUACAUCAACAUGCUUUACAAUAAGCUUGAUGCCCACGUGGCCUUAGUUGGAGUGGAAAUCUGGACCGAUGAGGAUAAAAUAAAGAUAACACCAGAUGCCAACACCACCCUGGAAAACUUCUCUAAGUGGAGGGGAAAUGAUCUGCUCAAACGAAAGCAUCAUGAUAUUGCUCAGCUAAUCUCGUCAACAGACUUUUCUGGGUCAACAGUGGGUCUAGCCUUCAUGUCUUCAAUGUGUUCUCCUUACCACUCAGUUGGAGUUGUUCAGGACCACAGUAACUACCAUCUUCGAGUUGCAGGAACAAUGGCUCAUGAAAUGGGCCACAAUCUUGGCAUGAUUCAUGACUACUUGAGUUGCAAGUGUCCAUCUGAAGUCUGUGUAAUGGAGCAGUCACUAAGGUUCCAUAUGCCUACAGACUUCAGCUCGUGCAGUCGUGUCAAUUACGAAAAGUUUCUUGAAGAAAAAUUAUCACAUUGCCUCUUUAAUAGCCCAUUGCCGUCAGAUAUCAUAUCCACCCCAGUCUGUGGGAACCAGUUGUUGGAAAUGAACGAGGACUGUGACUGUGGCUCACCCAAGGAAUGUACCAACAAAUGCUGUGAUGCGAGGACCUGUAAAAUUAAAGCAGGUUUCCAGUGUGCCCUAGGGGAAUGCUGUGAGAAAUGCCAACUUAAAAAGCCUGGGGUUGUGUGCAGAGCAGCAAAAGAUGAGUGUGAUCUGCCUGAAGUGUGCGAUGGAAAAUCCAGCCACUGCCCAGUUGACAGAUUCAGAGUCAAUGGCUUCCCUUGCCAAAAUGGGCAUGGUUACUGCUUGAAGGGCAGAUGUCCCACCCUGCAGCAGCAGUGCAUGGACAUGUGGGGCCCAGGAACCAAGGUUGCAAAUACAUCAUGUUACAAGCAGAAUGAAGGUGGGACAAAGUAUGGAUACUGUCAUGUGGAGAAUGGCACACACAUGCCUUGCAAAGCGAAAGAUGCCAUGUGUGGGAAGUUGUUCUGUGAAGGUGGAUCAGGUGAUUUGCCCUGGAAGGGACUUACAAUAUCUUUCCUGACAUGUAAAUUAUUUGAUCCUGAAGACCUUAGUCAAGGAGUAGACAUGGUGGCCAAUGGAACCAAGUGUGGAACUAAAAAGGUGUGCAUUAAUGCUGAGUGUGUGGACAUGGAGAAGACAUACAAGUCAGCCAACUGCUCCUUGAAGUGCAAGGGGCAUGCAGUGUGUGACCAUGAGCUUCAGUGUCAGUGCAAGGAAGGAUGGGCCCCUCCUGACUGCGAGAAUUCAGCCACAGUCUUCCACUUCUCCAUUGUGGUUGGCGUGCUUUUCCCCCUAGCAGUCAUAUUUGUGGUGGUUGCUAUAGUGAUCCAGCACCAAAGUGCCAGAAGGAACCAGAGGAGAGUUCAGAGGCUACCACCCACCAAGGAUGCCAAGCUACACAAUCAGAAGUGUAGACCCCAAAAGGUGAAGGAUGUUCAACCCCAGGAGAUGAGUCAGAUGAAAAAGCUCCAUGUGUCUGAUCUGCCCACUGAAGAGCCAGAGCCUCCACCUGAUGUUCUAAUCACAAAGCCAAAUUUCCCACCACCACCAAUUCCUGUUUCCUUAACAGGAAGAGCCAAAGUUCCUUUUGUCAAGAUACCUCAUCCUUUUAGUCAGCAAAUAGAUUACAUGUACCUGGUGUAACUAGCUCCUUAAAUGUUAUCUGUGACAAAGUGUGAGAUGCUAAGGAGAAAACACUGUGGUGUCAACAUGAAUGGAGCUGGUGAGACAGAAGACCACUGACAGGGUAUUUGGAGUGUGAACUGACCCCUGGAAAGUGGGUUACAUUAAAGUGAAGACUUAUUUUCUGUUUUAUCCUAGCAAUACAAAGGCACCUCCUUUACUAUUUUUAGAGUAAGCCCACUUCUGCACCCACAUAAUAUAUCUAUAAUUAAGUUAUUAUUGUCUUUUUUUCCCACUGCCCUAAUACCAAGGAGAAAAGUCCCAACCAUAUCACCUAAGGUGUUUACUAUGGGGCAGCGACUGGCAUAAGUGCCUUGACUCUAAGUUUUCUCUAUACCCUAAAUAAGGGAGACUGAAAAACAUCUCAGCCUCAAAGUCAUGGUGACCCCAGUUCCUCAUUUUUUCAUACUAGUGCAAAAGGAUGGUGGGAAUAAAUGCAGCAUCCCAGAGUCAACCUCCCAACAUCCAUAACUCUGCAUCUCAUCCUCUGUGUAGGCUACUUGCCAUGGACCACUUUUCUGUGCCCUUAACUCCCCCC